AUGGACGCCCCCGCUGCGCUCGACUCGUUUAUGACCAUCACCGGUGCCGAUCCCGGCAGCGCCAUGCAAUUUUUAGAGCUCACCAACUGGAAUCUGGACGAGGCCGUCAAUCUGUACAUGGAGAGCGGAAGUCAAAGCGAUCGCGCAGCGUUCGCAGCACCGCGUCUACAUGCUGCAAGUGCCAGCGCCACGUUGGAGUCGUCGAUAGCUCCGUCAGCAGACAUGGACGCAGCAACAGCUGCCGCGAUUGCUGCUGCCUACGGUGACGAUGAAAGUGCGAUUCGGGCACCCGAUCCGGCCAAGCGACAGCGUCUCGUAGGUGCAGACAUGGACCUCGUACGACCAAUGCGUCACCUGCGCGACCAAAAUCGCGACUUUGCAGCGGAGAGCAUCGCAGCUAUAACGGGCGGCAGUAUUUCUACGGCCUUUGGAGGUCCCGGCGCGGCAGCGUUCGAUGAAACGACGAAUAGCUCGAACGGCGCUGACAAUGAGCAUAUUCGUGAUCUCAGCACGUUGUUCCAGCCACCAACAGCAAUCAUGUUCCAGGGAACUUACGCUGACGCUCGUAAUCACGCAAAAAAGGAGGAGAAGUGGCUUUUGGUGAACAUUCAAGACGAGAUUGUAUUUACAAGCCAUAUGCUAAACCGCGACACGUGGAGCGACGAUGUCGUGCAAAAUUUUGUGGCAAGCGGCUUUGUCUUCUGGCAGAAUUAUUGGACAUCAGAGCAUGGCAAAAAGUUUUGUAGCCUCUACCAAAUUGAUCGCGACUCACUCCCGAUCGUCGUGAUCAUCGACCCGCGGACAGGAGAUAUUCGACAGCGGCUGUUGGAUUACCUUAAACCACAGGAUAUGGUCGAAAAGUUGUCAGAUUUCUGCUGUAUGCAAACGCGAGAUGAGCCGCUGACUGAAGCAAAGAAGGAAGCUACUACUAGCAUCAUGGACGCGUCAGAGGAUGAUCAGCUGGCAGCAGCAAUCGCGGCGUCGAUGGAGGGUAACAAUGACGUCAGCGAUGAAGAAGAGAUGGAGCAAGUCGAAGACAUCAUGGACCAAGAGGAGAAAUACGGGGUGGAGACGGCGCAAGAGCCGGUUGUGGCGUUGACGCCCGAGCCCGAUGCUGGAGCACCUGGCAUUACCCGCGUACAAAUCCGCGUGCCCGACGGUUCCCGCUUAACGCGGCGCUUCGUCAAGACCGAUCCGCUUGCUAUGGUGUGGUCGUUCGUAAAGGAUCAGGUGCCAGAGGCCCGGGGACGCGCAUUUGAGCUGCGCACUGCAUUCCCGCCCAGCGUAGUGGCCUACAACGACACCUUGUCCAUUGAAGAUGGUAAGCUUGAGAACGCAUCACUGAUGGUCAAAUGGCUGUGA